UAUGAGAUAAACAUAUAUAUGUAUAUAUAUAUAUACAUAAUCUUCACAAUAGUUCACAAGAAACCAACCUAAUAAGCUAUCUUUUGGAAAACAAUGGCUUCACAUCCCUCAGAUCUUCAUUUUGUCUUGUUUCCUCUAAUGGCCCAAGGCCAUAUGAUACCCAUAGUCGAUAUAGCACGACUACUAGCCCAACGAGGUUGUAUAGUUACAAUUAUCACAACUCCUGUUAAUGCCAACCGUUUCAAACCGGUCAUUGCUCGUGCAAAAGAUGAUGAGAAGCUCAAGAUUCAACUUCUUGAACUCAGAUUCCCAUCUGUCGAAGUUGGUUUGCCCGAAGGAUGUGAAAACUUUGAUAUGAUUCAAUCAGCACCACUUUUUUUGAAACUGUUUGAAGCUGCAGGAAUGCUAGAGGAACCUGCCGAAAAGAUGCUCAAGGGGCUAACUCCGGCUCCAAGUUGCAUCAUUUCUGAUAAUCUUUUUCCUUGGACAGGUGAUUUAGCUCGAAAGCUAAAUAUUCCAAGGCUUGUUUUCCAUGGACCGGGUUGUUUCACAUUCCUAUGCAUACAUAUGGCCAUGCAUACUAAUCUAUUGGAGAAAAUCGUCUCUGAUUCCGAGUACUUUGUGCUACCCGGCAUUCCUGACCACAUUGAACUAACCAAAGUGCAGGCUUCGGGUUGGGGGGCUAGAGACACGAAGGAAACAGCGGGGUUCUUUGAAACUGUACUAAAAGCGGAGGAAGCUGCGAAUGGGAUUGUGGUUAAUAGCUUUAGGGAGUUGGAGCCUUACUAUGUUGACGAGUUUGCAAAGGUGAAAAACAAAAAAGUAUGGUGUAUUGGCCCGGUUUCACUAUGCAACCAAAGUUUACAAGAUAAAGCAGAGAGAGGAUCCAAGGCUGCAAUUGACCAACAAGAUUGCAUAAAAUGGUUGGACUCAAGGGAAGAACCAAGUUCUGUAAUAUUUGUUUGCUUAGGAAGUCUAGCUCGUGCUUCCACCAAACAAAACAUUGAGGUCGGUUUGGGAUUAGAGUCAUCAAAAGUAUCCUUUAUAUGGUGCAUAAGGCAAACAACUGAGGAACUAGAGAAAUGGUUCUUAGAAGAAGGGUAUGAAGAAAGGGUGAAAGAUAGAGGGCUUAUAGUCCGUGGAUGGGCACCACAAGUUUUGAUUUUGUCACACCAUGCCGUUAGUGGUUUCAUAACACAUUGUGGAUGGAACUCGACUCUAGAAGGGGUAACUGCAGGAGUUCCUAUGGUUACAUGGCCACAUUUUGCAGACCAAUUUAUAAAUGAACGGUUUAUAGUAGACGUUUUGAAAAUUGGAGUGAAAAUUGGUGUGGAAGUGCCUGUUCUAAUUGGGGAGCAAGACAAGGUGGGAUCUUUCGUGACAAAAGAAAAUGUCAAGAUCGCAGUGGAAUGUAUAAUGAGCGAAGGAGAGGAAGGAGAAGCAAGAAGGAAGAGAGCUAAAGCGCUUGGGGAAAUGGCAAAAAGAGCGAUGGAUGAAGGAGGCUCGUCUCAUCUCUAUUUGACAUCAAUGAUUCAAGACACUAUCGGAUUAUUAGGCAAAGAAUCUGCUGCAACCGUUAAAGAUAACAUCGUGCAAGAAUUGUAACUUCCUUCGAUUUUUGAGUAAUAUAUAUCCAUAAAUUUUUUGUCA